AUGAGGAGUUGGUUCUCUUGGUUUCGGGCCUACAUUCAGGUUCCCCACCUUUGUUUUCAGUCUUCCCGUGGCCGCCACUGCGCCGAUAUGGGUCCCGCAAGCGAGCGGCCCGCUCGCAAGCUGGUCCUUCACUUCGAUGUGAACGAGACCAUCAUGGUGGGGGAUCCGGCUGCUGCAGUGGAUUUCGGCUCGUCUCUCAACAACAUCAUCGCAAAGGCGACCUUCGUGUCGGAGACGGGGGAGACCUGGCAUGACGGCUCGCCCCUGGACCCGACCUUGCGCUCUGGUGGUUCCGUUCCUCCCCUGGUCACCGGCUUCGACACGCCUCCCGGCUGUGACCGGUGCUUCUACAGGUGCCGCCGUGACCCGAGCUGGCCAGCGAAUCGCUUGACGGAGCCAGGAACACCAGGUGCCAUCUACCGCCCCCUGUAUGAGGAGCUCGGGGAGUCCCUGAGCUGGAAGUAUGAGCCGGAUGAGGUCUUCGCUCCAGGUGGACAUCACUUCUUGCUUCCCGCCUUCUUCCGCACGCUGGUGGAGCUGGGCAAGCAGGGCCGCGACUUCUCGGUGGUCAUCCGCACGUUCGGCACCGACAUCCCAGAAGUGGCCAGAAGCAUCGGGAAGUUUGCUGAGGGCGCGCAUCCGGGAUUUCCCUUCAAGGAGGAGCGAUGGAGGUCGGCGCCCGAGCAGUCGCACUGGGCGCUGCGACCCCUGGAGAGGUCAUCGCCAUCGAGCCCUUUCGUGCUGAGGAGAUAUGAGGAGUACACUGGCAUUGAGGGCCUGGGAGCAGAUCUCACAGCCCCGGAGACCCUCAAGUACACGGAGGAGAUCGAAGAGAGCCGAAUUCCCGACUUCCUGGAAGCCGGCCCGGUGGUUUGCGUGCGGGAUGACUACUUCUACUGGAAGGGCAACCGCUACCGCCCACAGACAGGAAAGCCGCUGUGGCUGACGCUCCAUGAUGACAGCGUUCAGCACAUCUUCUUCGACGACAACAUCCACAACGAUCCGAACGACUCCAUCGUCGGCAUCCGAGCCCGGGAGUCAACUGCCGACAGUUUCCGAGCGAUCUCCGGGGAAGCCACGCGGAAGCUCGAAGGAGUCUUCCUUGUCAAGGCCCAACCCGUGGACGCCAUCCGCGACCCUGAGUACUUCUUGAGGUGCAUCCGCCGCUGCGAAGAGAGCUUCGAUCGGAUGCGCGAAGAUGGCAGCCUGUUUCCAGCGCUCUUGGUGUACAUACCCGCCAGUAUUGUUGGGGUUCUGCUGUGCUGUGGCAGCCUUUUGCUCUACCGCUGCUUGAGGAGGAGCGGCUUCUGCACCAAACUCCCCAGCCCAAGUCUGCCCAGCGCGGUGCGGUUCCGCAGGAAAGAGCCGACCCCUCAGAGCAGCACUGCCCUGGCGCAGCACCUCGAGGCGGUCACACACCGGGCACUUUACGGACCGGCCGAGCAGGAGGUCGCCGUGAGCGAAAUCCGCCUGCCUGCCACAUGGUCUUCCCUGGAUCCGGGCCGAAACAAGACCCAGGACCUCCCCAUCGCCAAGCUGUGGGAGAGGUGGGAGGAAGAGGAGCACCGAUACUUGGGCACCAGUUCUGCAGAGCAGGCACAGCUGGUUGGCAAGUCCGGGCUCUUUGAUGGCAGGUCCUCCUGGUCUCGGAGGAUUCCAGCACCGCCCGCACGGGGCGGGCGUCAGGCGGGUGACCCUGCACAUGCCAGCGCCAUCCCCGAGGACCAAAGGCUCAUCCCGCCCAUCCAGAAGCUGGCCAUGUCGCCGAAGAUGCCGAGCGAAGGCGAGUCGGAAGAGGCGGCGGUCCAGGCUCUGCCAUGGUCUUGGGAGUUUGCCCUCUAUUCCUCAGAGGCGGACGAGGUGGAGGUGCCGACUUCCAAUGCCCCGACCCCUACGGCCAAUGUCGAGGAGUCGGGUGCCGCUUCGGAGGAUAGACCCCCGGCCAAUGCUGCAGUUGAAGCUGCAGGCACCGCCCUGGCAGAGUCAGAGGCAGCGCCAGCGGCGGCGCCAGCACCAACGGCAGCGCCAGUGGAGGUCAAGCUGCUGCUCCAGCGGGUGGAGCAGCUGGAAGCGCAGCUGCAAGCAAGGCUAGUGCCGCUUGCUGCCGCCGAAGGCGGCAGCAGCACGGCCACGGGCCAACCUUCUGAGGCUCCCCGAAGCGGCCGGGCGAGUGCCCCACAGACACCUCCCGAGGCACCGCAGGCAGAGCGCGCGCCUCCGGCCCAGAAGGCUGCCAAAGAGCGGGCCUCUACCUCCAGCGGUGUCAGGAAGCGUGUUGAGGGAGCGCGCGAGGGGGCACCACCCGAUUGCGCGCUGCAGGAGGAGGAGGCCAUUUUCCGCGCCCUGCCGCGCCAAAGUGAGCGCGGCGUGCCAGGAGUGGACGUGCUUGCCGCUUGUGCCGCCCAUGCCGACGUCGGCGCCGAGUCGGAAGCCGAACGUGGUCGCAGACUCUGGCGAUUCCAGCAGUUCACGGUGGACGAGACGAUCCCACCCGGCGCGCGCUCGAACUCAAG